CAUAAAUAGGUGUAAAUAUUUAGACGAUAUAAUUAAUUAAAGUGUAGUCUUUUUGAACGUUGACAGUGCUUGUAAAAAUAUUUGGGUUAAAUUGAAUGCUAACUAUUUUAAAGGACAUUUUGAAAUGGUUGAAGUAAUUUGGUACAAAUAUAUACAUCAUUUGUUUAUACUUUCUUUAUCACAGGAUGAUGCAAUAGCCUUUGCCCUCAUGAAGUAUAACCAUAACCAAGGUAAAGCAAUCAAUCAACUGAGGAUUCUUCAACGUGAGGUCGUAGAGAAGGUUCUUACAAAUCACACUGUAUUGCGAUGUUACCCACAGGAUAUGGAAAAUCACUCUGCUAUGAAAUUCUCCCAGAUGUCAUUGAAUACCUGCUAAAGAAACCUGCAUUUGUCAUUGUCAUUGUUCCUCUGAAUGUUAUUCUGUCUCAACAAAAGGAGAAAAUGGGAAGAAGGGCAACAUGUUUAAACAAGGAGCAUGAUAGGGAACUAACUGCAAACAGUGCAGAGCAGACACGAUGGACUGAAGGGCAAUACCAGUUUGUGUUUGCACACCCUGAGCAAAUAAUUGGCAAUGAUACUGUCAGAGAAAUAUUGCUACAUAAUUAUUUCCAAGAGGAGGCCACAACUUUUAUUGUUGUAGACGAGGCACAUUGUGUCUUGGAAUGGGGCCAGGAUUUCGGGCCUGUUUUUGCCAAACUUGGAACACUUCGUGCCUUACUUCCAAAUGCCAAGGUUCUAGCUCUAAGUGCAACCCUCUCUCUUCAGGGACAGAAUGAGGUGGCCAAAAAACUAGUGAUGACGAACUAUGAAUCUGUAUCCAUGGCUCCAGCAAGAGACAACAUCUCACUAAUCAUGUGUAAAAGGCCAACAGAAUCAACAGUACAACAUGACAUAGAAUGUGUCAUUAAGCCACUGUUGAUAGAACUCCUUGUAAAAGGUCAGAUGUUUCCACUAAGCAUUGUGUACUUCAGUGGCAGUCAGGAUUGGGUGGGACGGUCAUAUGAGCUGGCAGAGAGAAUGCUGGGAGAUGCCUCAAUGGAGAAAACAGGGGAUAAGAUAAAGUCUAUCAUCCUGCAGAAUCUUGCAGAGGACCCAGCAAACAGUCCACUGAAAAUAGUAUUUGCGACCAUCGCUCUUGGUAUGGGAGCUGACUUACGACAUGUCCGGAGGGUGAUCAACAUUGGUCCACCAAAGCGGUUAGAAAAUUAUGUACAGCAGAUUGGGCGUGCUGGGAGAUCCGGACAACAGUCAGAGGCCAUACUGUUCUACAACAACUCGGAUAUUGGUCGGCCUCAUGAAAGAAAUAUGCAAGAAUACAUCUGUUUGCAGACGACAGCAAGUCAAUGAAGCAUUUGGUUUCAGUAAUGAAAAAAAGAUAUCUGCUGAAGUAUGUUGUGAUGUCUAUAACCCUGACCUAGCAACACCAUACCAGUUUUCCUCCUCCAGAGACACCAAAAGCUUAUUACUGAACACGCUAACUGACUACAUAGUAAAGGAUGGAACACAGUAUCUAAGAGAAAAGCUUCCAACAUCUGCAAUCCAACAAAUAAUCAGUGCUCCAGAUGUCUUCAACAAACAUGUCCUUGCUGAAGAAUUUCAACUUGAUAUGGACAUAGCUGAAUCACUGGACAAUAUCAUCAAGCAAGUGAAAGCAAU